GAGCAAACCUAAAUUUGUUUAACAUCUGUCAACCGUCAAAAUGCGAUAAAUGGAGAUGUCUCGUUUACUAAUUGUGUUAAUUUCGCACAUUUUCAACUCAAAAGUUAUGGAUUAGCUACUGAAAUAUGGGUGCAAAUAUUUCCCAAUUGGAACGAGAUAUUGGUUCAGAACAGUUUCCUUGCAACGAGCAUUACUUUGGUUUAGUUAAUUUUGGAAAUACAUGCUACAGCAAUUCGGUGCUUCAAGCUUUGUAUUUUUGUAAGCCAUUUAGGGAUAAGGUCUUAGAAUAUAAAGCUAAAAACAAGAGAACUAAAGAGACAUUACUUACAUGCCUUGCAGACCUAUUUCACAGUAUAGCCACCCAAAAAAAGAAAGUAGGAUCUAUAGCACCAAAAAAAUUUAUAGCAAGGCUACGAAAAGAAAAAGAGGAAUUUGACAAUUACAUGCAGCAAGAUGCACAUGAGUUUUUAAAUUUUCUCAUCAACCAUAUUAGUGAAAUUAUAUUAGCUGAAAGACAACAGAAUUCAACUACAAAUAAUGUGAAAUCAAAAGCAUCAGGCGAAAAUGGGACCGCCCAUAGUCCGCCUGAGCCUACGUGGGUACAUGAAAUUUUCCAGGGUAUACUGACCAGUGAAACGAGGUGUUUAAAUUGCGAGAACGUUAGCAGUAAAGACGAAGAUUUUUUCGACCUUCAAGUAGACAUCGAACAGAAUACGAGCAUAACGCACUGUCUAAGGUGUUUUAGUAACACCGAAACGUUAUGUAGCGACAACAAAUUCAAAUGUGAUAACUGCAGCAGUUACCAAGAGGCGCAGAAGUGUAUGCGCGUCAAAAAAUUACCUAUGAUACUAGCGUUACAUCUCAAGCGGUUUAAAUACAUGGAGCAGUACAAUAGGCAUAUUAAAGUUUCUCACAGAGUGGUCUUUCCUUUAGAACUUAGGUUAUUUAAUACGUCGGAUGAUGCACUGAAUCCAGAUAGACUUUAUGAUCUUGUAGCUGUUGUGAUACACUGUGGUAGCGGACCUAAUAGAGGACAUUAUAUAAGCAUUGUCAAAAGCCACGGAUUUUGGCUUCUUUUUGACGAUGAUCAAGUCGAUAAAAUUGACGCUUCUACAAUAGAAGACUUCUACGGCCUGACUGCAGACACCCAAAAAUCGUCUGAAACCGGCUACAUAUUGUUCUACCAAAGCCGAGAAAGCUUAUGAACUCUAGUGCAACUCGCCUUAUCGGAAGGGGAGGGCGUUUCCUCUCUCUCGAAGUACAAAUAGCCCCCUCCCUCUCUUUCACAGAGUAACCCAGUUCAGGCCAGUUCCCAGAGUAUAUUUUUUUUACUACCAAUGCAAAAUUGUUAAUUCACCAAAACGACUAUAUGUUUCUGUACCGAUGGAGAUUGAGUAAAAGAAUGUGAGCUUUUAUUUAAAAAUCGUUAAAGAAGAAACUCAAAAUUACUUUACAUUUUAGAAAUGAUAGCGGGAUGAAUAAAAAAUGGUCUAGUUAAUGGUUUACGCAGUGUACCCUAUCUGUAUCUUGAACAUUCAUUUUUGAAACCAUCUUCAACAUUUACAAUUAUUAACGUUUCACAUUUUUCUGAUAGUAUUACAUUUAUAUAUAUUUUUUUCAAUGUAAAAUCCUCCUUCAAAAGCUUUAUUUAUAUCACUAUGUACAGAGAUCUUUAAAAUGUUUAAAUGUUCCAUUAACAGUAACUUAAAGUGAAUCUUUUUUUCUUGUCGGAGCUGUGGACAAGCUAUGGUAGAGGAGUGUAGCCAAAUUUCGAAUAUUAUUUGUAAAUGACCCGAUUUUAUAUUAUUUUUUAAACGAUUUUUCACUCAAUAUUUCUUAUUAUGCUCAGUUUAUUAUCAAAACAAAUUAAUCAAAAAUAUAAAAAUGAACUCGGUGCAGUCUGUGUCAAGACUAUGAUUCUGAUAGGGGGGUUUCGCAGACGUUUGUCAAUUGUCAAUUUUGGUGCUGCUAUGUAUGGGAGAGUUGCUGUAUUACUCUUCUUUUGACAUAAAAUUACGAUUUAUCGUAAACCCCAUCUUGAUAAAACGUUAUGAAGAAUAAUAACUUUCUACUAAAAAUAAAAUAUUCAGUGAAUUUUUUAUAAACAGUAAGCGUCUAGCGAAGCGGACAGGGUUAAAUUCUUGUAUUUAAAAGCCACCUCUGGUGUCCGUACCGAUUAUGUGGCAACACUGUUCCUUUACUUCUCAUUUGAAAAGCAUUGCCUUAUACAAGCCAUACUGACAACUCGGAGUGACAAACACUAUAGAUAAAAUACCAAGUAUUACAUAUGGCUGAAUUGGUGUUGAAGUGAGGGUUCCAAUAAUAAUAAUACAAUAUACAGAGUGUUGUAUUUAAAAAACCAAAGUGACUGAUAUCAGAAAAAUAAUCAAUCUGGCAACAUUGCAAGCAUCAAAUUUGAAGUCUCCAUAUUGUAGAAUAGGCCUAUCCCAGUUUUUGAGCAAUGGGGACCAUCCAUUGAAGAGAUAAUUGAAGACCUUGGGACCAGAAGGGGACAUGCCACCAAACAAUACUUUGGAGAAAACAUCAUUUUAAACUUAUUUUCAAAUCAUGAAAUCCAAUUUUUACAUUUUUCUCGGAAGUAAGGCCCAUGAUCGUUUCUAAAAUUUAGAAUAUGUUAUUAAUUACACAAUAAAAAUAACAGAAAUGUUUAGAUAUUUAACGGUUUUUGAGUUUUUGAACAUUUUUUGAAAAAAAUAUGAGGCUUAUCCCCUUUAGUAUAAAAAAUUAUAUGUAUUCUAAAAGUGAACAUAAAAUUCCGCAAUAAAAUAAUUAAGUUGUCAAUGUUUUCAAUAGCUGAAAAGGGGUCCAAAUGUUCAGUGUCUUCCAGUGGUUCAUUAUUCUCAGUAUCUGGUAGAAUCUGUUGGCAAGCACCAAUUUCUGUCUACACUGUUUUGUGCAACCGCAAGGUGCACCUAAUUUUUUUAGUUCUAUUCAUUUUCCUACAAUAAAGCAAGUAUUUUACUAAAAAUGGAUAAGCCACAAAAAACCUUUAGAACAAUCAUAAUAUUUUUAGGUUCGAAAAAUAUAACAUAAGGAGACAAGCCACACAUUUAAUAAACAUAACGUUCUAAGUUUAUGUUUUAGGAAUCACUGCUACUUGCGCAUACUGUAUAGUCUUUGACAUCUUCGCUUUCAUUUAAAAACGGAUCUUGGUCACUGUUCAGAAUCAAAUUCAGAAACGUCUAUUUUUCAUUUACAUGCACGGGAAUGUUCCGCCGCCAUGUUGAUUACUACUGUGGCUUGUCUCCUGUUGCAAUAUAAAGUUAUGGUGACAUAACGGGACUUACUACAGCGGCGCCAUCUAUGAGAAAUCAGCUGACAUUUUCUGUUUGGGACAUUAAUAGGGCCUUAAAGUGUGCGAUUUCUACUUUAACUCAUUUUUGACGAAAUUGUGACUUGUCCCCUUCUGGUCCCAAGGUCUUCACUUGGGCGUUUCGUGACUUUUGGCUACAACUUGUUACUCCACUCUGUAUGUUAAUAUUAAAAAUGCGAAGACUGUCCGAAAUGUGGCUACUUUCCUCUAUUAUACAUGCAGAUUUAGUUAUGAAAAAAGUCUGUUAUUAAUGUUGUUCUGAAGCUAUUUUCUUGUGACAUUUUUACAAUUUUAACUAUUUAUAAUGGGAAAUAAGCCACGAUAUUAUUAAAAAAUGA